AUGAUUAGUCGGAUACAAUUGAGACAUCUCGUCAAGCAGCGCCAGGUUCUACUGCGUGGUGGAUGGCAGAUACACCUGCUACGGUUAUUUCUGCAGUCGCCAAAACGAAACUUCAAUGAGAUCAUCGGCCAGGUGAUGGAAGACCAGAAGGAUGGCGACGAUGAUAAAAAGUCGCUGGGGCGCAAAGGUGCGUGGCGUGAUGGGUUUGUCAAGUGUCUAGAGACGAUGGGGAUCACGUUUGGAUCAAUUGCAGUGUUGGCAGUGGCGGGUUUGGCCUACCACGAAGCUUAUAAACACCAUGUCCUCUCAAAGAUGAAUGCAGCGUUUGAAGCCGGUGACCCUGCUGCCAAUCUCAAAAUCCAUAACAAGACUGAUGGCAAUGACAGUGAGCAUUGGGUGUGUCGUGAGCAGCAACCGCAGAUCGACCGCAUCAUUGCCGGCGAUAUUACUGGUCGUUAUUUCUUGAUUGUGGGCGAGAAGGGGACAGGGAAAACCUCCCUUAUCCUUGAAGCGAUGCGUAAAGUGGGCGGUCUGAAUGUGACGAUGCUUGAUGCCCAUUCUGACCCGGAAAUCUUCCGUAUCCGUCUCGGUAAAGCGUUGAACUUCUCGUUCUACGAAGACUACAUUGGGUCUCUCUUUUCGAUGAGAGGACCCCGUGAUACCACCGCACUACUCGAUAUUGAGAGAGCAUUUUCUAAGUUGGAAGAAUUAGCAUUGGCUCGAUCUCGCAAGGGAAAGACACCACUCGUGUUGAUUAUCAACAAUUGCCAUUUGAUUAGAAACGACGAAGAAGGGGAAAAGCUUUUGGAGCUUCUUCAACAAAAGGCAGAAAGUCUUUCGGGUCUGCAACUCUGUACGAUGGUAUUCAACUCUGAUGACUACUGGGUGUACGAAAAGCUUAAGAAACUUGGAACGCGUCUCGAGUUGAUCAACGUUAAGGACUUUAACCGUGAUCAGACGGUAUCGGCCCUCCGUUUCAUUCGCCAGAAGUUUAAUGCAAACAUGCCGUUGACGGAUAUUGAAUGCCACCAAGUUUACGACUUAAUUGGGGGCCGGCCUCAACACAUCCAGUAUGUGGCACAACACCGCGAUAUAUUCAAAGCCUGUCACGAGAUAAUCGACCGGGAAAAGACAUGGUUCCUCAACCAAUGUGGUUUACUUGGUAUGGACAUGGACGAUGACGUGAUGGAACUGGGUAAGUUCAGUUACUCGGCAAUGUUAUUGAUGAAGGAGUUUGUGAAGAUGGACCGGGAGGCUAAGAACCCGAUGAUGUGUGCUACUCAAGAGGAAAUCAAGUACUCGCCUCCCGAUGUUUAUCCUGAUCAUCAAUUGCCUCAGCUUCCCUUGUGGCGACUGCGUCAAGUGAUGACUCGUCCUGAUUAUAUCCAGAUUUAUGAUUCACUCAACAUAUUCACGUUAGACUCACACUCCAACGUUCGAGCGGAUUCAGUGCCGAUGAUGCGUGCGUUCCACGAGAUUGCCUCACAACCAGGGUUUGAUGAGCUUCUCGAGGAUACCAUGGACCGGGUAGGCGACAUCGAAGCAUUAGGCAGAACUCGUGAAGUUACGCUUAAGGAUUUGAACCUCGGUUCCAACUACAUUUUCACGCCUACCCCUGAUCGGGCAGGCUACGUGAUGAAUCUCGUCAAAAGCCGAAAGCAAGCCGACGUUCACGGCGAUUUCACUGAGGCUAAUGAAGAGGAAGACGAUGGCGACGACGAUCUCAUGCUUGAGACGAUUGCCAUUGGUCGCGACCUAAAGGCUAAAGAAUGGCGCAAACGGUGGGUCCGCCUGUACGCCACCAACGACAAGCAAGAUCCACGAUGA